CUCUAAUCCUAACCUGACGGUUCAAUAAAAACGACGAGGGAAAGAACCGUAAAGUAAUUAACUGGAGUUGCAGAGAAAUGGCGUCGUCGUCAUCGACUCAGCUGCCUCCGAGCUCAGCAAAUUACCUUGCUGCCCUCGCCAUGGAGAUCCAGAAAAAACUUCUUCGCGCAAUAGCUUUGCCGAGUGAGAGGCACCAAUUGUUGCAAGAGCUGUUAGCUGAUAUAGCUUUGGAAGUUGAUGAUCGAGCCAGAGGAGUGAUAUUUGGGAGUGAGAAAUCAAUAUCUGCCGCAGAAGAAAGAAACAAAGGGCCAAUAUGCUACUUCAAUGUGCUUACUGACCACUUUGUGAAUGAUCACCAUUGUGGGAAACCAAUCCUUGACUUGAUUGUUCAGCUUUGGAGCCAGUCCUUUGUUUCUCAUAUUUUUUCCCUCUUGUUCCACAAAUGGCUAUUUGAGGUUGAGCUUGAGAAUACCGAAUCAUUGAUUCGGUACUCUUCUGCCCUGGUUCAUGGUGCUACCAAUGUGUUUUGGAUCGAUGUUCAAUCCAACAUGAAAUGCUUUCAGAGUCUCUUUAUGUAUCUGAUUGAGGAAGUCGCAUUCGUUCCAGAACGGUUAAAGAAGAUACCGUUGCAGGCGCAACGGGAUUUGUUCCUCGUCCUCUCACGUUACAUAUUUUUCUACGACUCGGUUGACAAGCUAGAAAGCUUCUUGAGUCAAUUCCCAGAUUUCCCAAAUGCUCUCUUUAUAGGCGGUCCGGCUGAUUUCUUCGUUAUUGAAUUAGCUGAUAAGCUUCAGCAACUGAAAGUUGAGCCAGUACUAUUGCAUUACCUCUCCCAGAUGAAAGUUCUAAGUGGGGUAGAAUUGAGAAUGACAACAAGUACAAGACUGAGAACCUGCUUGUAUAGCUUCACUAGCCCAGGUGCUCCUAUGUACCCGACACGUGCGGUCCGUCAUGCAGCGCGAGAUGUACUGGACUUUCUUUUUCCGGUGGGGCGAUACCCGAGGCAUCUCAUAAGUUUGUUCUUUAGGUUGCUACAUCCAUGUUGGGAUAAGUUUGGAAAACCCAAAGAAUGAUAAACAGAGACAUAUUCCUUUGCUUUUUGGUUGAAUGUGUGUGAAUCUCAUAAAGGUUUUAGAAAGAAUUAUGGGUUCAACCUUCACAAAUUGCAAUCUUUCUUAUCUAUCUAAUUUGAGUAGAGCACAAAGACAAAUUUAUAUAGUACUAUAAAGUUAAUUUCACAAGUGUUUUUUGAAACACAAAAGAGGGCGCGUUUUAAUAUAUCACAAUAUAUGAAUCCCCAAAAGGCGUUUCGAACUUUCAAUAUCAAUCCAAGGCAACGAUGGAAUCAAGUAAAGACACCGGG